UUUCUUCUAACUAGUGCUACUGUGCUCGAAGCCCUAACACUACCCGGCGUCGGUCGGCCUGUCAGAUUGCUUCGCCGCCCGGGAGCCGCUUGCUUUCGCUGCACUAGACUUUUCACCUGCUAGAUAUGCGUCCUCCGAAGCCGAGAGCUGGGCUGCAGGGGGGGUCUGAUCCUCCUCUGCCUCCGCAUAAACGUCCCACAGAUCAGAUACGCGAGGUACUGGACCUGAUGGCCGAGUUCGGGCAAACAUUGAAAUCUAAACAAAAUCUUCCAGGAACCAGCAGCCAGGUAGGCGUUCUUCUUGGACCUCGUGGUGAUCCAGGGCUCGGAAGAAGUUUGGAUGGUUUUCAAUUUCGUCAACCUGCAGAGACCCAGAAAACAACGGAUGCUCUUUACUCUCGUCAUAUUCCAGGGAUUGAAGGUGACCCAGACUGCAAUAAACACUACCACCAGGGCUCCAGCUCUGCUCCGAUCCAGAGAAUGAGGGACUGCCGCAUCUGCAUGCAACCCAGGCCCUUGUCUAAAUUAUUUCUCAUCAAAGGUUGCUUGCAUAGCUACUGUUCCAGAUGCUUGCGCUCCUAUAUCAAAACCAAGGUCAACAUGAAGGCGACUCUGAUUAAGUGCCCAGAUCCUGCUUGCAAAGAUAUCGAAUUGGAACCAUUGGCGUGCAAAUUGAUAAUCACAAAAGAGGUUUUUGAUCGCUGGUGUGAUCUUUUGUCUGAGUCCUCUGUCAGAGUGAAGUUUUACUGCCCGUUCAAGGAUUGCUCUGCACUUCUUAUAGAUGAAAGGGGCCAAGAGGUGAUGCAGGAAUCUGAGUGCCCACACUGUCAUAGACUUUUUUGUGCUCAUUGCGGGGUUCCAUGGCAUUCAGGUCUUAGUUGCAGUGAGUUCCUGGAAACGGAGAACCAUGAGGAUAAAACGCUGAUUAACUUGGCCCAGAAAAGCAAGUGGCAGAGAUGCCCCAAUUGCAAGUUUUAUGUGGAAAGAACCUCCGGGUGCAUGUUUAUCCAGUGCAGGUGCGGUGUCACCUUCUGCUAUGGAUGCGCAUCAGAGAUGGAGGAUGAUCACUUCUGUCAAAAAUGCAAACGUUAGAAGAUAAGUUAAGCUUCGUUUGGUACAGCUUUUGGAUAUUAAUUUUUACUGCUUUUAAAAAAGUUGUAUUAAAAAGUUUCGAUAGAAAGCAGUAAAAAAAUUGUCACAAACUAAGCCUUUGACUAAUUGGGAGGGGUGGUAAAUAUGAUUAAGAUCUCGAAGUUUUCUUUCAGUGAAUCUAAUGGAUUUGCUAA